GGCAAAAAGAGAGGAAUUUAAUCAUAACAACUAUCUACCUGGCACAAGACCACAAAAUACAGAAUUAAGUUUUAUUUCAUUUCUCAGAACAUUUUUCUGAAUUUGGCUGGUGACAUGACAGAUUUUGGCUUUUGGAUAAAUGCCUUUAGUAUUUCUAAAAUUCUGACAACGUUCAGGUCGUUAAAAUAUCAGUGACAAAAAAAAACAAAACAAAACUUGAGGUACAAGAAAGCGUGACUGUGUCUGGGAGUGUCCUGAGCGCGUCUCCAACCAUCACAAUGACCGCUGGAGGUCUCCCUCCAGAGAAACAGACACAAGACUGAAAUGCAUUUAUUGGUGUAUCUAAAUGGCUUUUACAUCACCUACACUAGACUGACCAUGCUCCACUCUUCAGCCACCCUCCACCUAAAAAUGACAGCCUUCUCAUUAGUCGCUUAGGGCGCGCUACUUUUGUUCCAAAUCAACCCUGCGCGUCCCGGCGUCAAUCUUUACUUUCGAUGCGUGAGAGUUUGAGGCGUGCAGCCGCUGAGCAGAGUAGGCAUCUGGGCUCCAACAUUUACAUGAUGGCUUCGGAUCAAGAGAAGAACAGGCAGCGUUUGAAGCAGCUGCUGGGGAAACCUGGGAAUGGAAACUGUGCCGACUGCGGAGCUCCAGAUCCGGAGUGGGCGUCCUACACCCUGGGAGUGUUUGUGUGUCUCAGCUGCUCGGGCCUUCAUAGAAACAUUGCUCAGAUCAGCAAGGUGAAAUCCAUCCUGUUGGAUCCCUGGAGCUCUGCUGAGGUGGAGUUCAUGGACUCUGUGGGUAACAACGCUGCCAAGGCCAAAUAUGAAAAGAUAGUUCCUGCCUUCUUCUACUGUCCUACACACAAAGACUGCAUGCUCCUGCGGGACCAAUGGAUCCGAGCCAAGUACGAGAGGAAGGAGUUCCAGUGUGUGGAGAGGCAGGAGCCCUACUCGGCAGGCUACAGAGAGGGGUUUCUAUGGAAACGAGGCCGAGACAACGGACAGUACCUCAGCCGAAAAUUUAUUCUGUCCGAACGGGAAGGUGUUUUGAAGUACUUCAACAAACAUGAUGCCAGAGAGCCCAAAGCGAUAAUGAAGAUCAAUACUGUUAAUGCCACUUUCCAGCCGACAAAAAUAGGCAUCGCCCACGGCCUGCAGGUCACCUAUUUGAAGGACAACAGCACUAGGAAUGUCUUUGUUUACCACGAGGAUGGAAAGGAAAUGGUGGACUGGUUCAACGCCAUCAGAGCAGCUAGGUUUCAUUACCUGCAGGUGGCUUUUCCUGGAGCUUCCAACUCUGAUUUGAUGCCAAAGCUAUCCAGGAACUACAUAAAGGAGGGUUACAUGGAGAAGACUGGUCCAAAGCACACAGAGGGCUUCAAGAAGAGAUGGUUUACGAUGGAUGACAGGAGGCUCAUGUACUUCAAAGAUCCACUGGAUGCCUAUGCACGAGGUGAGGUGUUCAUCGGCAGCAGGGAAAACAGCUACACUGUGCUUCCCGGCCUCCCCCCGAACAUACAGGGCUACCACUGGCAGUUUGGCAUUACGAUAGUGACCCCAGACAGGAAGUUUCUAUUUGCGUGCGAGACUGAGGAGGAUCAGAAAGACUGGAUCGCUGCAUUUCAAACAGUAAUCAACAGACCAAUGCUGCCUCAGGAGUACGCAGUGGAGGCCUAUUUUAAGCACAAACCAUGACGGUCUUAGUGUUUGAAGGCCUGUUGGUGCAGGAUGAGGAGCAGGGGGUGGAGCUGGAGAAGAGAAGGACCUGAGAUAUGUAUGUUAUCUUAUAAUGGAAGUCUUUAUAAAGACUUAGGCCGGAGGUACACUUGCUUUUAACUAUGCAUUCGUGUGCGUAUGAUGGCUGCCUCAGGUAUCCUGCAUCCGUUUGGAGUGUUGGUUGUGCACAUCCUCAGAAAUUAACGCUACACAACUGCAACAUACAAUAUGCACAUGAAUGGUAGGGGCAAUGUGAGAAACAUACCCACCAUUGUCCUGACGUGCUUGAUUUUAGGGCCUCACAUGCCAUCUACGAGUGCACCGCCGUCACUUUUACUGCCAUGUUAAUUGUUUACAUCAUGCAAAUCCAUUUGUCCUAUACAGUACAGUCUGUCUCUGAUGUGCCCCCUAGUGGAAUCCUCCAGUAACACGCGCAGUAUAUAGGCAGGUACGUCAACAAAUCCAUCCAUGACUCAGCCGGUUGUCUACACGAACAUGUAGUUAAAAAGCAAGUAUAUCUCCAGCCUCAAGGGUGACAGACAAAAGACCUAAAGGGUGAGACGUUAGCAUUCGCACAGUGACUCCUUUACCUGCCAUUCUGCUUAACCUCACCUACAUUACAUGCCAGACCCAUUCCUUAAGGAGUCUGAAUCACUUCUAAGCUCAUGAAUGUUAGCCUAACUCACUCAUCUGUUAUGUGAUGUGACUUACAUACUUGAAGAGGUCAGUCAUCCUGACCGAAUGUGCAAAAGGUGUUUGUAUGAAUCAGAGUUGUUGCUGCUUAGAUGUCAGAAAUAGUUUUUUUUUUUAAUCUGUUAUCAGUAGUGUAAGUAGAAAUACUUAAAUUAACUAGAUACAACUGAAUUAAACUUGCAUUUCAACCAAGUGUAAAAACUCAGCCCCUGGCCAGUUAUACACAGACUAAACAUUAUGUGACACAGGACUGUAAAAGUCAGUAAGAAGGAUGGAUACAUACAGUCAGGUCCAUAAUUAUUUGGACAAUGAUACAGUUGUUGUCAUUUUGGCUCUGUACAC